CCCUGACCUCGAUUGCUUGGUCACGAAGACUUUAAUACUAUCGCUAGUUUUCUGAUUGUUGGCGAACAACCUAGAGAAGAAAGAUGGCUCAGACAACUGCAAGUGGCGGCACCAACGUCGUUAUUUGCCUCGACAACAGCCCGUAUAGUGAAAAAGCAAUCGAAUGGUACAUCAGUUUCUUCCACCGCCCGGACCACCACGUUCACCUGGUGCAUGUGCUAGAAUGGUGGGGAGACGUCGGCCGAAUGAUGAGUCCCCAGCGGAUUCACGAACUAGUGCAGGAGACCGACCAGAAGGCAGAAGACCUCGGCAAACGGUUUGUGCAGCUCUUUCAGAGUAAAGGUAUUUCGUCCGUGGAUUUCCACAAAGUGCACGGCAAGGAUGUGUGGCAUGAGAUUAUCGAGUGCGCCACCAAGGUGCACGCCAAGCUGAUCGUGAUCGGCAGCCGCGGCCAGGGCACGAUCCGGCGCACUCUGAUGGGCAGCAACAGCGACGCCGUCGUGCACCACUCCCACAUCCCCGUGGUGGUGUGUAAAAUCAACGAGUAGGGCUCGCGUUGGCUCAACAUAAUUACCUCAUUCCGAUUCGAGUAUAAUGAAAACUAGUGUAAAAAAAAAAAAAGGUUGUAAGAAAAAAUCACAUAAUAUUAUCCCUCAUGAAAUAAAGCACUAUUUAAACAUAAUUAUGAUAAUGACUGACAGAUUGCAUUUGUAUAAUUAAGAUGACUGACAGAUUGCAUUUGUAUAAUUAGGAUGACUGACAGAUUGCAUUUGUAUAAUUAAGAUGACUGACAGAUUGCAUUUGUAUAAUUAGGAUGACUGACAGAUUGCAUUUGUAUGAUUAUGACCAUGAGUAACAGAACAGAACAGAACAGAACAGAACAGAACAGAACUUUAUUUCACUCAACUGAUUGCAUUCGUUUUACAAGCCAGCUUAGUAUAGAAUGUUAAUUUCAGCAUUCUGUAAGGCACGAUUUUAUGUUUCUGAGAAUUGAAAUUUAUUGGAAAAGAGUUUAUGAGUUACGCCCACAAAACCUCAGACAACCCAUGACUAUGGCAUUGUGGCAGUGAUGUUCUAAAUUCAAUGUGUGAACAAAAAAUGUUUUUUUAAACAAAAAUAGAUUUUGGUUUGCGACAGACAAACGAGAGUAUCGUUCUCGUAAUUUUUAAAGGGUUGAAUUUUGGGCUUACAUAAUAAAUUCCGGUUGUUUUCAUCUCCAUCUUGCUUUUGUUGAUAGACUUCACUUGAGAAUACUUUCUGAAAUAAAGUGGUCUGUAGUGUUUCUCCAACAUAACGCAAAAUAUAAUAUUUAAAGUGAAUGUAGUAAAAACAGGGUUUAUCACUAACUAGUCUUGUUGGAAACCUAUUCUGUUAAUUUUAGUAUGGCACCUGAAUAGUUAUAAAUAGGUUGUAUGUGCGUAUAUCAGUAAAACUGUAAAAUUGGUGAUCAACCUUUUCAUGAUGAGAUCAAACAUUUGUAUAUCUCUGUGUUAUUUUAUAGUCCCAAGAAACUCGGUUAGCUGUUUGUAACUAAACAUCAACCAAAGAGUAACUAGCUGUAACUACAACAUGACUAUAACUUGGUGUCUGUCAGUUCUCACAGUAGUUAUAAGUAUGAUGAUUGACAUUGAAGUUACAGUUCAUUGUUGAUUGUUAUUACCGAGUCAUGAUACUUGCUCACGUUGCAUUGUACGUUUUUAUUGUUUGUUUGAAAAUGGUUACAUUUGUAAACAGAAAAGAACGCAUUACUAUGCUGUCUAUAUGUUGUACUUUUGGGGCAUUUUAUUUGUUGUUGUUGUUUUUUGUUUUUGGGGGUUGUGUUUUUUUUUUUUAGGGGGGGGGGGGGCGGGGGUAUGUGUUUAGGCAGAGGUCAGUUUGUUGAGUUUCGAGGGGUGUUUUGUUUGUUUGUUUAACCUCGCUACUCCUUUCAUUUCUUCUCUUUAAAUUCCUUCUCCUUUUUUCCCCGACCUGACAGCUCCUUACCUCCACAUCCCAGUCCUUGUCUCAACCGCGACACGUUAUUGUAUCUUUUUAUGGCAUGAUCAAUAAAAGGGUAACACAGUUUUGUCCGUUCUAACUGUUUCACUGUCUGUUGACUACUAGUAUUCAGAACAUAAUCUAACCUAGUGGUGUAGUUACUUACCUUACCCUAAGCCUCAGCCUCAGCCUCAGCCUAAUCCCCUCCAAGCUAGAUGGGGUUUUGGGGUGUGUUUUUUUUUAACUUCGAACGGCUUUGAGAUAUGAUCGGGUCAAACGGUCAGUGUUUGUCUUUUCAAAUACAAUAUAUUUUACUUUAGUACAGAUAAUACUUUUGAGUUGGCAGUCUUCUGCUGGCUUUCUAUAUGUACGAUUUUCACGUCCGUCAUUCGUCAAACGCAAAACACGCUCUCCUGCUAACCUUAUUGUGCACUUUCCAUGUGUCUGUGUCUGUGACUGUGAGUGUCCAAAACACGUCAUCAGACCCCGUUUUAAUCGCAACCCGAUGCGGUUGGGGUUUUCCUGCGGAUGACGUGCCGGGUCGAACCUGGAAUGCCCGGCGAUCUCGUCUUAAAUCCCUGGCUGUUCACAAUGUUUGCAGCAUAGUGAAUAUAAGUGUACAUUAAAAUAACCCGUCAGUCUGUGAAGUCGUAUAUAUAGAAAGUGUUUUACGUACAAAAUAUGUCCCAUGUCAGACUGAUCACGCUCAAUGGAUGACUGAUGGCAUACGUAUGGAAAACCAGCUUUAUGCACACACUGUUUAACUUCAUAAUUUAUUCACCUUUAAUAACGUGUGUGGUUUGGCAUCAUGCUGUAAAUACAAAUGAUUAAGCAGAAUACAAUGAGACAUGUAGUGACGCCCUGUGUUGACUUGCAGUUUGUCUCAGUCCAUCUGCAAAUGACAUAUUUAACAUUCAUUGUAUUUAACUAGUUGGCUAACGUCAAUAUAAUUAUACCAGCAUGGCUUUGGGGUAACGAACGUUUUGGUUUUUUAGCUAGUUUGAUUUCUUUUUGUCAUAAUAAUAUACAAUUCUGUUUUUGUACUUUUCUUGAUUUUUAUAUUGUAUUCAGAUUAAUAUGUUAAUAUAUCCGUAAAUGUUUAUUUCUUGUAAUAAAGUAGUGAAAGACAAA